UCGAGUUGGACGGUUUCGGUUUUCGGUGCAAGAUUUCUUCCGAAUCGGUAUCCACAAAAAAGACGGGUUGUCACGCACGGACGGACGGGUUUUUUUUCGGUUGAUCUGUGGACUUUACGAAAAUUCAUGGUAUUCGUUUAAAAAGUGACGGGAGGACAUUCGUCAGAGUCCGAGAAAGAAUUGUCCUCGGGCAGUAGAGCAGUGAUCGGUCAGACAGAUCUCUGUUCGGUGGUGGCAAGUGGCCAAAUCGGAUGGCGCUUUGAUUUUUGCAAGAGCUAUUUGGCCGCGAGGUACCUACUUUUACCUAUUGGAUUGGCACACAUGUCUCAUAUGACGAGUUCAUGGUUUUUCCUGUUUGUUUUCCCUCCCGAGUGGGCGCCAAGGGGCAUUUCCCUCCGUUUUCAUCCUACCCACUUCCCCGCCCACGCACAAUGAAGUGUCACAUUCUAGUUAAUUGUAUUUUCGCGUUUUACGAGGGCUGAAGAGCUGAAGUGUGCUGUUUAUACCUUCCUAGUGUAUUCUCUUUAGUGUUGUGCCCUGUGGUCUUGCUCGGCGUUUGGGAGCACGGGUUUAUUUUUCGUUAUUUGGAUGAAAGCGAAAAUGCAAGUAAAUUAUAGAACUUGAAGUGUAAAUUAGUGUAGGACUCCAAUUGAGCCUAGAAUAUGAGAGUGAAAAUUGUUGCCGCCUGGUAUCCAACGAUUGAGGCCGGGGUUCAUUGAGUGAUAAUUUGUUUUCCGUUUCUGGUGCAAAAUUGUGGCGGUGAAAAUUGGUAAUGAUUUGCUGAAAUCAAACGUAAAUUGAAAUACAAAAUACUUCGACACGCAACCAUUGGAAAAAAUGGUUCGCUUCGGCAAGAAGGAGAACACCGAUAGGCGGCACCUGUUGGCCAGCAUGAACUCAAUGCACUACAAUAGCUCCAAGCAGCUCGACAACGCUGCUUUCCAACAUGUGCGCGAUAACCUCGAGGACCUCAACGGCAAACCCGAGGUCAACGAUACGGAUUUGGUGUUUUUGCAGGGAAUUCUGGAAAACCCCGCCGUAACCCAAGUGAUCAAGAUCCAGGAUAAGCUUGAAGAAGUAGCGCCCCCGAUAAAGCCAACGCGCCUCAACAAUAUUCCAUUGCUGCGUGAAGUCGUCGAUCGGUGCAGUUUGUCUCGGAAUCCCCAUGCCCGGGAACUAGCUCGAAUAUUCCGCUAUCCACACUUCCGGGCCCUGAUCGAAUCCCACGACGAGGUCGGCGAGAUCACAGUACAAAAGCUCCUGCAUCCACCCGAGCCGGAAUCGCCCGGAAGUAGCGGCGCCAGCAGUUCCGAGGAAACAGACGGCGGAGGCCCAUUGGCUUCGGCAACGAUCACCACAUCCACGACGGCCAGCAAGAAAGGCAAGGGCGGAGGGAUGCCGGGGGAAACCAUAAAAAUGGUCGGAAUCCGGCGGAAUCCGAACGAACCCCUGGGGCUCACUGUCGAGGUGGACGAUCACGAGCAGCUGGUGGUGGCCCGAAUCAUUGCCGGUGGGAUGAUCGAUCGCCAAGGCCUUCUGCAUCCGGGUGACGUCAUCUUGGAAGUGAACGGAGUCGAGGUGCGGACACCGGAAGAUCUACAGACUGAAAUUUCCCGGGCCAAGGAAUCGGUCACCCUCAAGAUCGGUCCCAGCCUGGAGGAGGAGAUGAAAUCUGCCCGCAUUGUAAUGGCCGGUGGCAAGGUAAAAAGUGGGAAAAAUUUAGAGCCAGGGAAGAAACUGACGUGCUACAUGCGGGCUCUGUUCGAUUACGACCCGGCCGAGGACAAUCUGCUGCCCUGCCAGGAGAUUGGCUUAUCAUUCCAGCGGGGUGACAUCCUGCAGAUCAUCAACGUGAAAGAUCCCAACUGGUGGCAGGCCCGUCAUGCCGGCGAGGACGGAUCCAUUGGGCUGAUUCCAUCGCAGGAGCUGGAGGAACGUCGGCAGGCCUACGUUCCACCGGAGGCCGACUUCGUCCACAAGAUCAGCAUUUGCGGAACGAGGAUCUCUAAGAAGAAACGUAAAACGAUGUACAAAACAAAGCAAAACAACGAAUUCGAUAAGGCAGAUCUGAUGCUGUACGAGGAAGUUACCAAAAUGCCACCCUUCAAGCGGAAAACUUUGGUCCUGGUCGGUGUUGCUGGGGUGGGUCGUCGAACGUUGAAGAACCGGCUGAUCAACAGCGAUCCGGAUAAAUUUGGCUCGGUGCUACCACAUACCACACGACAGCCGAGACCCUUGGAGGAAAGUGGCAAGGCCUAUUGGUUCACCGAUCGGGAAACCAUGGAAGAUGAGAUACGGCUGAAUAACUUCCUGGAGCAUGGAUCACACAACGGUAAUCUUUACGGAACACAUUUGGACUCCAUUCGGGACGUCAUUCGACAAGGUAAAAUGUGCGUCCUGGAUUGUUCGCCGCAGGCUUUGAAAAUUCUGCACAACAGUGCCGAGUUUAUGCCGUACGUGAUCUUCAUUGCCGCCCCCGGGAUGGAACAGCUCAAGCAGCUGUACUCGGAACGUCGAUCAGCGCAGGGGUCCAUGAGAAGUUUGCAGUUCGACCGUCAAAGCUCCAUCCGGUUCAGUUCCCGCCGGGCCAGAACCCUGGAAUCGCUGGCUUCUUUGUAUGAGGACGAUGAUUUGGUGUCGGCCGUCGAGGAAAGUGCCUUGUUGCAACGAAAGUACGACAAAUAUCUGGACAUGGUGAUCAUCAACGAGGACUUCGAUGUGACGUUCCGUGCCGUAACGGAUGCACUGGAAGCGCUCAGCCACGAGCACCAAUGGGUUCCGGUUAAUUGGAUCUACUAGUUUGGGAAAAAGGUCCGGAAACUAAAGUAAAUAAAUAAAAAAACGCAGCGAAUCAUGUGUUCAAAUAUCGAAUCGAAAGUAUCAAUCUCUGUAGUGUUGUAGCCAUAAAAACGCGCAUGCAUUCGAGAAACAUUUAAAAUAUAAAUCUACCCCUAGGGUGAGAGACAUCGUUUUACAAAACUUAUAUUUCCAUAUCCUCAAAUAAUAAUCAACAAUACAAUCGUGUUACGAAUGAAACCGUAUCAGUCAUUUUAGAUCUAUUCGUGUAGAAAGGGACAAAAUCCCUCCUCCGUCAUAAAUCGUACUAACUAUACAACUAAGUGAUACUCAGCUACUGAAUCUAAACUUUACUUCACUCGAGAUAAUAUUUGGAGGAAAGUCAGGGAGAGUAUAAAUCAAAAUAAAUAUUUCCAAAAAUCGGAAGCAACAAACCACGAUAGCAUUUAAGAGCUUAGGCUGUAGGCAUUUUUUACCAGAAAGAUCUGUUUCGUCCAUUAUUUUUUAGUUUUGUGUUAAUUUUAGAUCUAGGUUGAACAUCUUUCGCUGAUUAUUUUCAAAUGUUCCUAAUUCUUAGGAAAACAAACAAUCAAAAUUUUCUAAUGAGUUAUAGAAAAAUGAAAAUCUCUCAAUUUCUCAAUUGAGUUCAGGUCUAUCUCUUCUAAAACAGUUCAAUUACCUUUAUUAUGAAAAAUUUUAAAAGUCACCAAGUGAAGAUGAAAACCGUAGUUACAAAAUCGUAAACCACGUUUAGUAGUGUUAAGUUCAAGAUCUGUUUCAAACUUUUAUUCGUUGUAUAUUUUCAGAAGCUCUAUCGACUAGAUUUAUCUAAAACAAAUAAAAACUUGA